GACUAAAAUGAAUAUAAAAGUAAUCUUGAAUGUUUUGAUUGACCUACCACACCUUCAGAGGUUCAGCUUGGAAAUCCCAGUCAUCAUACGAUGAUGCAUACGUACAGGGAAUAACGAAUAUCAUCAACUUCUCGGAUUUGGAACAAAUUCAAAUACACAAGACUCAUGUGCAAUUCGUCCACAGACCCCACAUUUGUUCAUCCAAAGACGCAACAAAGAUGACGUACUACAAACUGAAUAAUUUCUCAUGCCCCGUGUGUCCGAACGGGAAAAAGAGUAACUGGGUUUGUGCACAGGACGAUAAACAAAUGUGGAUCGCAGAGACUGGGUACAUGAAAUGUGACGGUGGUUCGCAUAUAGACAAAAUCUGCAAUUGGAAGUGGGACUGUGGCAAUCAUGGUUCGCACCCAUUUGAUCGCUUUCAGUACGCAGACUUUGAAGGCUUCUCAUAUUCCUUGUCUCAGGCCGUGCAGUUAAUGGGGACUGCGGGGGCGCAAUGGGUAGGAGCGUUAUGCGUAGAGCUCGGGAAACAAUAUGGGAGGGAAUAGGAUAAUACUUAGCAGAAACAGUAGUAGAUAAUCCACAACAUGCACACCCAGCUCCUACACGUAUACUCAUUGAGGACAUUCCAGGGUGAAAUAGACAUGACUAGACACUUCUUACAAUGUGUAUAUGUGUAGAAUAUCAUUAUCAGAACACUGGAAUAACCCCUGUGACCCCAUGUAUUGAUAGUGCAGAGUCACAAAAGGUGAAGACAGAUAACCACUAUUAGGACUGGACCAUGGUAAAAUGUGCAGGUCUAUUUUUUCUAAAUAAUUUUUUUCUGGUCAUAUUUCUAUCAUUUUGACACCAGUUUUUCCGACAUCCAGUAGACGUUUCAAUAUGGCCUGUAUUUAACCUUAUAUGAUAAAGAGGGCUCAGAUGAUAGAUCCUAAAUCCAAGAGCUGAAAGCAGUACCAAUACUCAAAUAUUGCUACAGUAAGCUGCCUAUAGAGACCUAGAUUUUCGAUUUGUAAAUAUAAUAAAUAUAAUGUACAUAUUGUAA